AUGGGUAUCCAACGCAGCGGUCAGACAUCUCAGGUCGGUUUCUUCGACACCGCGGAUCAACUGGUUCAGGAAUAUGGACAGCUCCAGUUUCUCGACGACCUGAUCCGUUUGCGAGCGGCCGACCUUGUCCAACACCCAAUUCUUGCCUAUCCCCGAUCAGCGAGCCAUGCCGCGUCCUAUGACUACUAUAGCGGUCAAGACUUGAAUACCAUGAUCAACCAAGCGGCGACGAUGCUUAUGGACUUUGGCUUUCAGACGGUAGGUCUGCCGAUGCCGUCCGACCUCACACAUUCUGACAGCUCUUCUCAGCCAAGGCGAAACAAAUCGAUUGUCGCGCUCCUUGCCUUCUCAGAUCGUAACAUGGUCGUGGCAUUCUUUACCCUGAGCCGACUGGGCUACAUUGUUCUCAUGCUUUCGCCAAGAUUGUCGGGCAAGGCGUGUGUGUCCUUGUUAGAGACGGUGGGGUGCGAGUCCAUUGUUUACGGGGAAACCCCCAGCAUCCGCUCGACGGUGGGUAACAUUGUGCAACUGAAGCUGGUGAGCUGCCACGCACUGCCCCGAAGCUCUUUGGAAACCAAAGCUGAGCCCAGGAUCCACUGGCACCCCAAACCGCUGUUCCUUACCCAUCGAGCGCUCAUGACACACCCUCUGAAAGGACCUGGACUCACAUCGUUCAAUCCUCUUCCCUGGUGUCAUCUGCACGGACUGUCCACCGCACUCCAGGCCAUGUGGAGGAGAAAGACCGUGUACCUGUGGAAUGCCGCACUGCCAAUGACAGCGGAGCUCGUGCUCACCGCCUUGGAAGAAGCUCGGCCCGAGCUGAUAGCUGCAGUUCCGUACAUGCUGCAGCUGUUGGCGGAUGAUCCUCGUGGCAUUGCGGCGCUGCGGAAAUGCACACUCGUCACAUACGGGGGCGCUCCCUGCCCCGAUGAAUUGGGCGAUCGCCUGGUCAGAGAAGGUGUCACUUUUGGUGGAUCAUUCGGCCUCACCGAGGCAGGCCUUGUGGCAGAUUCGAUCUCACGGUCCGAAGACGACCCCGGUUGGAACUACCUGCAGUUCUUUGACCGCGCACGACCAUAUAUUUGGAUGAAACCCAUCAGCGAAACUGAACCUCUCUAUGAAUGCGUUUACCUGGCCGGUCAUCCGGCUUUGACCAUGUCCAAUUCAGACGAUCCACCCGGAUCUUUCCAUUCUAAGGACGUAUUCGCCCCUCACCCUACGAUUCCAGGGCGCUGGAAGUACAUGUCGAGACUGGAUGACCGCGUCACCCUCGUCAAUGGCAAAAAAGUCUUGCCACUUUCUAUGGAAGGCCAUGUCAAGCAACAUCCACUGGUCCACGAAGCGGUGAUGGUGGGAGUGGGCAAAGCCACUCCGGGACUUCUGGUCUUGCGCUCGGAGGAAGCCGAGCCUGAUCCUCUGCCGGAUCAGGACUACCUCGAUGCUAUCUGGACGUCUAUUGAAGAGGCUAAUUGCCAGGCAGAGGCCUUUGCUCAGAUUUCACGCGACAUGGUGGCGAUUCUGCCAUACACUGCAAAGUUCCCCCGAACAGACAAAGGCUCUGUGAUACGACCACAGGUCUACCAGCAGUAUGCGGAGUCGAUCGAGACCCUGUACACCACGGAAGCGCGACCCAAUGGGGGCCUCCAACUAGGCCUGGCCGCGACGCAGUCUCACCUUCUUCAGCUGUGCUGGGAUGAACUCGGGGUCUCCAUCUCGAGUGUGGAUGCCGAUAUCUUUUCCGAAGGUGUCGACAGCCUGAAAGCAAUGCACCUCCGCCGCUUGAUUCUGCAGCAGUUCAGGUUUGACCCCUGCCACUCUCCAAGUCCAAACUCGGUGUUUGAAAUGGGCACUCUCUCGCAGCUAGCCCUCUACAUCUGCGCGCUGCAGAGCAGAGAUAGCCUCUCGACGGCCGAAGACAGUAUCUUACUGAUGGACAACCUGGUCAAGAAAUACUCCUCAUUUCGGAAACACCUGCCUUGCCCGGAAACUCCACGGAGGACAAGGACCGUGCUGUUGACAGGAGCUACUGGCUCAGUGGGCGCACAUGUGCUGUUCGAAUUGCUGAACGAUGACUCGGUGUCGACUGUUUACUGUCUCACGCGGAGGGCAUCUCCGUUAAAGGCGGUGCGUGGCAGCCUGUUCGAAAGGGGUCUGUUGCUUUCGCCAGAACAGACAACAAAGGUUGUGGCACUAAACGGCGCACUGGACCAGCCUGACUUUUCUCUGGACCCCGUGGGGAAGGCCUUUCACCGUAUGCUAGACUCUGUAUCUUUAAUCAUCCAUACUGCAUGGCCAGUCAACUUUAACCUCCCCCUCGCUCAAUUCGAGCCACAUCUCCGGGGACUAUACAACCUCAUUACGUUUUCGCUUUCGGUCCGAAGACGUGAACCUGCGGUCAUGUUGUUUUGCUCUUCCAUCUAUACGGCGCUGGGGGCCUCCUCGGCCACGAUCGAAGAGCAAGCAGUCGAUCUCAACAGCGCGCUGAUGGGCUACGGUCAAUCUAAGCUGGUGGGAGAAAGGAUGGUCAGCCUUGCACGCCGGUCAGGCGCAAGAACGUACUCUCUCCGAAUUGGUCACGUCUCGGGACAUUCGAAGAAAGGCCUGUGGAGCGACUCCGAGGCAAUUCCUUUGCUGAUCCGAUCGGCACUGACCCUGCGAGCCCUGCCUGAACUACAUCAGAACUGUUCAUGGCUUCCUGUGGACAAGUUGGCCACAGUAAUGCUCGAGUUGGCUGAGUCAUGCUCUGCGCCUGAGUGCGGCGUUGGGCCAAGCCGCGCGUCCGGCACCUCCGGGGUGACCUAUGUUGACGACUCGAUCUACAACGUGUGUAACUCGCGCGUGUUUUCUUGGUCGGAGCUGCUGUCAGAGUAUUCACUUCGUUUUGGUAGUAAGGGGGUUACUUUGGCAGAUAGACAGCGAAAGAUGUCGUGA